UCUCGACUGGUCAAUGGGAACAUCACUCAGUCGUGGUGUUUACUGAUUGGUCAGACAAUUCUGGGGCGAAGUAUCAAUAUUCCGCUGAGUCACUUUAGUGUUGUCUGUGAACUUUCAGCGGACUCGUGGCGCAGCUCCUCUUUUCCACAAAGCUCACAGCGGACUGUUGUUUACACCUCCAAACCCAGAACAAAGUAUGAUAAGAAACAGAUUCCAGAUGGAAGAGGCAGAUAAAGUUUCCUCCACUUCAGCUGAUGAGAGUCCUUUUGAGCCGCUCACGAAUGAAGUCGCCACCGUCAGUCAAACACAAUCAGUGGAGGCGAGGGAAACCAUGCAUCACGCGGAGGAUUUACCUCAUGAGAUAAAAGAGGAAAACAUUACAACACAGACAGCUGAAGAAAACAUUACUCCAAACGAAUUAACCAUUACUCCACGGACAGCUGAAAUCACUGAGACUCCACAGAUAUCUGAGGAAACCAUUGAUCCAUCUGCCACCGAAGAACCCCCUCAGACAACCGAAAUAACGAAUGCUCCACAGGCAGCAGUGGAAACCAUCACUCCAGAGACCACAGAAGUAGUAACAUCUACUUCACAGAUAUCUGAGGAAACUAUUACCCCACAGCCAACAGGAGAAACCAUCACUUCAGAGCUGAAAGAAGUGGAAAAUGUCGCUCCAGAGAGAGCAGAAAUAACACCUUCACAGAUACAUGAAGAAAGCAUCACCCCAGCUGAAGUAACAUCUCCUCAGGCAGCAGCAGAAGUGAGCUCAGCUGCUGUGAGUGUUAUUUGUCCAGCAGUGGAGGUGAGCAGCUCGACUGAUGUUCACACGCUUCAUACAGACACUGAUCUCACAUCUGAAGACAUUCAGAAACCUUCACAGUCUCUUGAUCCGUCAUCAUAUGAACCUGCCACUCCUGCUCUCUUUCACCAUCAGUUUUUAUCAGACCUUGGGCUUCCUCCACCCGUAGCUUCACAGGCCAGCGCUUGUCCUACUAUGGAUUCAUUCAGCAAGGAUGCAGCAGGAUUCAACCCAGAUGUGCUGAACCAGUCAGAUGAUGACUUCAUGUUUGAAAUAAAAAAGAGUCCUUUUCAGGCAUUUUCACCUGGUAAUGAUGCCAGCGAUAGCCUCGAGGAAGCUUUAGCUGCUAGAAGAUCUGUGGAGGUGUUGGAUAGUCCAUCUCCAGACUUGGUUCAGGAUGCCUAUAAUGGAGAUGAAGAUAGCAUGGAGCCACAGGAAAUCCUAUGGGAUUUUGGUUCUGCCACAGUAGUUUCCCAUUCAUUUGUGCAGCAACUUGCUUCAUCUGACCUUUUUUCUAAUGUGAACAAAGAGUCUGACAACCGGCCGAUGUCUCUCCCAGAUAUCCUGAAAUCUUCACCGCUUAACCCUGACAAGAUGGACUCGGGGUCUUCAGAAGAAAGUCCUGAUUUUAGCCCAGUUCACAGAAGUAAGAAUGAAUCCCCAAAUCCCCCAUUCUCUGCACCUGCAAGCAAUCCAUUUGGAUUUGACUCCAAGAUUUUACUGCUGAAGGAGAUGGCUGAAGAGACGGAGACAAGAGCUGAAGAAAAGGCAAAGCUGAAAGUGGAGAACAUUUCGGAGCAAAGUUUUGUUGCUUUUGAUCUUGUUAAGGAGAUGGAUGUGCCUCAAAAGAGUGGGGUCCUACUGAAGAACAAAGAUGAUGGUGAGAUGUCAAGCCAGACUUUUGUUCAAGCGGUGGACAAAUUUGAAUGUCUUAACUUUCCACCUGAAAAGGCUCAACAACACUCAGAUUCUGAGAGUCCUUCUGCAGAUUCGUUCUCUCCAGUGCUUGAUGCAAUGGCAAAAAACCCUUCAAGUUUCCCCAUAGAGCAAGAAAGCCGGAGUGUCAGGGAGGAGAUUGAAGCCAUAGAUGAGGUUUCGGAGCAAGAGUUCUCAUCUGAAGAGUUUGAGUUUGUGGAAAGGCCACCGCGAGGCACCACUAAUGAAUUGUUGGAAAUGCCGGAGAGUUCAGCCAUCAUGAAACCAUCAGAAAUGCUGGUGAAAGACCAGUCGCCAAAAGUGGAUCCUCAGGUUAUAGAUCAAAAACCUGCAGCUCAAGAUGCAAACAAUCAAAGCUCUUACCACCUUCUCACCCAGCUGUCAGAGAAAUCCUCCGCUGUGAGUGGAAAUGCCGGCCUGGAAUUGGAUUUGCAAGAAAUGUCUGCAGCUCCUCUAAUCCAUUCUCCUAUGGACACAAUUGGGGCAGAGAAGAAGGAAACUAGAGUUGGAAACAUGAGAGCAGCAGCAGUGCUGGAGCUGGUGUAUUGGCGUGAUGUGAGGUCGAGCACUGUGGUGUUGGGCUGCAGUCUCCUCAUCCUCCUCUCUCUCAACACGCUCAGCAUCAUCAGCGUGCUGUCUUACCUGUCUCUGGCUCUGCUGUCCAUCACAGUGUCAAUCAGGAUCUAUAAGGGAAUCCUGCUGGCCAUCCAGAAAUCUAAUGAUGGACAUCCAUUCAAACAGUACCUGGAGCAGGAUGUGGCUUUGUCAAAUGGUCUCGUGCAGAAGUACAGUGAUGUGACUCUUAGUCGAAUCAACAGUGGAAUAAUUGAGCUGCGCCGUCUGUUCCUGGUGGAGGAUCUGGUCGACUCUCUGAAGUUUGCAGUGCUCUUGUGGAUCCUCACGUAUGUUGGUGCCUUGUUUAAUGGACUCACUCUUCUCAUUUUUGGUCUGCUUGGAGCUUUCAGUUGCCCAAUAAUCUAUGAAAAACAUCAGACUCAGAUUGAACAAUACUGGUCCAUGGUGAAGAAUCAGCUGAAGGAAGGGUUAGAGAAGAUUCAAGCUAAAGUUCCUGGGAUGAAGAAGAAGUCUGAGUGAUGGCAGAGGAGCUGUAAGGAGAUUGUCUGGAGCACAUUUGCUGUCAUGUUCUUCAGCUCUAUUUGUUUCUUUAUAUGACCACAUUAUCUUGAAGUAGUGCUGGUCGAUGCUGAUCAACACUAUCAAUAUGUCUGCAUUUUUAAUGAGGGAAAGUUGUAUGUACCAUUCUUGGCUAUAUUUGAUAUUUUAGUUCAUAUGAUUUUACUGAUCGAUUGAUUGACUGAAGAGAUUCUCUAUAGUACUUCAUACUCUGUAAUCUUUCCUAGACAAGAGUAGAUAUGAAGAGUUUAUUUCACCUCACUGCAGGAACAUUUCUGGAUGAACACAUUUACACGUAGCUUAACUUAAAAUAAGUUAUUCUAUUUAAAUCUAUUUAUCCGUGGACCCAAAUGAAUAUCACAGGAGAACAGAACAGUGUUUGUUAUGCUAGUAAUGGUGAAUGAUACUUAUACAGUUGUUCUGAACUCUGUGGAAUGCAUUGUGACAUGUAAACGAGUACCAAUAAAGCUUCUAGAUGAAUGAA